AUGCAUUGGGACACUCUGGUUUGCCAUGAGAGGAAAUUUGUCUGUUAUCUAUCUAUCUAUCUAUCUAUCUAUCUAUCUAUCUAUGUAACGCAGUCUGUUAUCUAUCUUUCUAUCUUUGUAAUGCAGUCUGUUAUCUAUCUAUAUAACGCAGUCUGUUAUCUAUCUUUCUAUGUAAUGCAGUCUGUUAUCUAUCUAUCUAUCUAUCUAUCUAUCUAUCUAUGUAACGCAGUCUGUUAUCUAUCUAUGUAUGUAACUCAGUUUGUUAUCUAUCUAUCCAUCUAUCUAUGUAACUCAGUCUGUUAUCUAUCUACCUACCUAUCUAUCUACCAAAAUCUAGUUCUAUCUACCUAUCUACCACAGUCUAGUGCUAUCUAUCUACCACAGUCAAGUUCUUUCUAUCUAUCUAUCUAUCUAUCUCAGUCUGUUUAUAUCUAUCUAUCUAUCUAUCUAUCAAUCUAUCUAUCUAUCUAUCUAUCUAUCUAUCUAUCUAUCUCAGUCUGUUCAAAUCUAUCUAUCUAUCUAUCUAUCUCAGUCUGUUCAUAUCUAUCUAUCUAUCUAUCUAUCUCAGUCUGUUCAUAUCUAUCUAUCUAUCUAUCUCAUCUGUUCUAUCUAUCUAUCUAUCUAUCUAUCUAUCUCAGUCUGUUCAUAUCUAUCUAUCUAUCUAUCUCAGUCUGUUCUAUCUAUCUAUCUAUCUCAGUCUGUUCAUAUCUAUCUAUCUAUCUAUCUAUCUCAGUCUAUCUCUCUAUCUUCAUAUCUAUCUUAUAUGUUUAUUAUCUAUCUAUCUAUCUCUGUCUUCAUAUCUAUCUUAGUAUGUUUAUUAUCUAUCUAUCUAUCUAUCUAUCUAUCUAUCUAUCUAUCUAUCUAUCUAUCUAUCCUAUGCUCUUGACUGACAACUGA